UGUAAACGUCCGAAUUUUAAAACCCAUUUUGAAGGAUUUACUUCCAUAGAAAAUUUAAACUAUUGGAACGUAGAUAAGAAGUCCUCCAGUGACAGUCUUUAAACGUCCCAUCAUUUCAGGAAAUGUGCUUUUGGAUAAUGAAAUCUGUUGUCUGUGUUUUGAUAAUUACUUGUCGAUAAAAUGCUUACAAAAAUGUCAUUUGAAACUUUCAUUUUGGGGUUGAUGAAUUUCUGGAUAUCUGCAGAGGUUGCAUCAUGGGAAGUAUGCCGUAACAGUGAUCAAACACGACUUAAUUCAUUCCGGGGCAAUAUCUAUUGUGAACAUGGCUGUUGUGGAUAUGCAUAUGAACAAUACUGCUGUGCUGAUAAUAUCGGUCUAAUUGUGGGAUGUUCCUUUGGAGGCCUGGUGUUUCUGGGUGUAUUAUCCGGUGUAAUAUUUUGCUGCAUACAGAAGAGCAAACGAAAGAGAAGCAUUAUAAGACCUCUAGGGAGGGGGCUCAGUCAAAACAACGCAGCCAUUAUUUCAAGCGGUAGCCACUUUGAACCCCAUUUCAAACACGUACUAAAGCCACCACCCUAUUCGUUGGACCCACCCCCGGCUUAUUCAGAAAUCGUGCCCCCAUAUUCUGCUUCCACCUCUCACAAAAACCAUAAUGAACACACAACAAGGGCAAUAAUACACAACGAUAACCCACAAACGGGAGUUAAUAUUCUGCAUAAUAAUGUGCCAUUACAAAGUCAGUAUCAGCCACCGGGAGCAGUUGAAUUUCAUUCGGAAGGCCAUGGUAUUUGAACGUUUUUAAUCCUUGAUUGUGUGAUACUUUGUUUAAAUACAACUACAUUUAAUAACUUCUAAGCAGUUUGUGAGCCAUCUUAUUUAUUUUUUUUUUUAUUUUUGUGUAUUUUAAGUUACAAGUCGAAAAUAUAUAAUUUUGCAGGUGAUUUUGAGCAAAUCAGUAAGAUAUAUGUUGCAUUACACACAAUGUUACAAAAUAGUCGUGUAAUGUGCAAUACGCUCACCAAAGAAAAGCCACUUUCCUCCAUAUUUUCUAUGUAAUCCUUACCCGUAGAGCAUGAACUGAAG